AUGAAGCUUUCCAAGCGCGGUCUAGCGACAGCGUCCAAUAAAGGCGGAUCACUCCUGUGGGAAGUGACGGCAAACCUCUGGAGCGCUACCAACACCUUAGGCUACGUAAGUCUGGGUAUGGCAGAAAAUGUCCUUAUGCAAGAUGAGCUUUUGAAGCAUUUUACCGACAAUACCGCUCUUCGAUCACAAGCUUUUACCUACGGUGACGGUACAACGGGAUCAAAACGGUUAAAACUUGCACUUGCACGUUUCCUCAACAGAAAUUUCAAUCCUCACAGGGAGGUUGAGUCGACUCAUAUUACCAUUACCAACGGCUGCAGCGCGGCUAUCGAACAUAUUGCAUGGGCAGUUGGAGAUAAUGGGGACGGCUUCCUCAUUAGCAGGCCUUUCUUUCGCGCCUUCAUUCCAACCUUCGGUCUUCGCGUAGAUACAAGUGUUGUCCAGGUGCCAUGCCAUGGUAUCGAUCCUUUCUGCGUGGAUGUGGUCGGACAGUACGAGGCCACGUUACAAGAAGCCAAAGCACAAGGAAAGAACAUUGCUGGCAUUCUUCUCUGCAACCCGCAUAAUCCCCUAGGGCACUGUUAUCCAAAAGAUACAUUGGUUCGACUCAUGGAAUUUUGUCAGAAACAUCAACUUCACUUGAUCAGCGACGAGGUCUACGCCAUGUCGACGUGGACGCAAGACGAGUCACAGGAUACGCCUUUUACCUCUUGUCUGUCAAUAGAUUCGAGAGGCAUCAUUGAUCCAUCUCUUAUACACGUGGUAUGGGGAGUCUCGAAAGAUUUCGGAUCCAACGGCAUUCGAAUGGGAAGUAUUAUUUCCCAGAACAAUUCUUUGUUGCAUGAUGCACUUGUUCCAGCCGCACUGUAUAGCAUGUGUUCUUCCCUCGCUGAUCACGCUUUUGCCAACGUCCUUGAAGACGAUACUUGGGUUGAUAGCUACCUGGCCAAAAACAGAGCGAAACUCGCAGAGCAUUAUAAGUUGAUUGCAUCUUGGGCAAAGGAGCACAAUAUAUGUUAUGCAAAGGGAUCAAAUGCAGGGUUCUUCUUAUGGGUUAAUCUUGGAGAGGCAUACCUUCGGAAUCACCCUGAACAAGAGCUGCUGCAAGCUGAGAACCAAGUAAUGCAGCUAAUGCUUCAACAGAGAGUCUUCAUAGCUCCUGGAGAAAGCUUUGGAGCUGAAAGCAGUGGAUGGUUUAGGCUUGUCUUUUCAGUUGAUAAGAUAACUCUCUUAGAGGGGCUUACAAGAAUUAUCAAGGCUUUGCAAUAA